AUGAAGCUUUCCGCUGGUAGUACAUCAAGACCUUGCCUUGUGCGAGCCUCAAAGGCGAGGCGGACGGCCCUGAGGAGCCAGGCGGUCAAUUACAAAGCAUCACUACAAAACCACCGUCGGCGCAUUUUGCUAAACCGGGCAUCGACAUGUUCAGCCCCUCUGGCGCCAUCGGACGUGUUCGUGCUGGACUUCGACGGCGUCGUGGUCGAUUCGGAGCCUGAGGCAAGUCCAACAGAAUAUUCAUUGCUCCGUGAAGCAAUCCAUGCUCCUUUUCUCUUCAUUUGUUACAUCACCGCGUCCGCAUUCGAGGCGGCCGCACUCCGUUGGCCACACCUCUUCAGCAGCUCCGAUCUCGACGUGGACGGCAAGCGAGAGCAGCUGCGGCAAGCCAUGCGGCUCGUCAGGCCGGUGCUGGUGCGUGGCUUCGAAAGCAUGGUAAUGCUAAGGCUGCUCCACCGCAACCCCUCAUGUCCCGCCACCCAGUCCGCCAUCUUGCACAACUGGACGGAGGAGCUACCCAGGGCUCUUGGCUGCUGGGGGGAGUCACCUGAGGAGCUGAACCAGGUACAGUCCUGA